AGGUUGUAAAACAUAAACGAACGGAAAGAUAUAUAUUAUUUUAAAUGUUUUUACUUGUUUUUUUUUAAUGUAUAUACAAGAAAUAAAAGAUUGCUUUAUAAGUAAAUAACAAAAAAGAAAACAGUGAAAUUUGUGCAUGAAAAAAGGUAUUAAAUCAAAAAAAAAUAAUAAUUCUUAAGAAAAUAAAUGUUGCUUAAUGGCGGCGAAAGGUUGCACAAAAGCAAAAUUAGUCAAUUUUAUUAAUUAUUAACCGAGUUUGCUGCUGGUCAUACAAUAAUAACAACAACAAGUAUAGUAAUAAUCAUGACAACGAACCGAGUGUGAAAUAAACGAAGAAAACAAUAUUUGUCGGUUUUUUGUUGUUUUUUUUUCCUUCUACUUUUCAAGAUUAAAUUAACGGCUCAUGGAGUGAAUUGAGUGAAUGAUUCGUUUCAAGUGUGUCAGACAACUAACCAACUAACUAAAAAAUAAACAGCCAACUCCCAAUUAAAAACAAAAACAUAUUAAUGUACGCAAAAAUAUUUUAAUUAAAAAUUAUAAUAUUCUUUAACUUUGUUUUAUAAUUUUUAGCAUAAAUUUGUGAAGUAUUUUGUAAAGAUAAUGUGAAAUAUACAAAAAAAAAAAUAAUAAAAACAAUAAGUGUGAAUUCGUUAAUAAAUUUCUUCAUAAUAACACAAUAAACAUGCGUCAACAUCUUCUCAACAAUUGUUUCAAUACUAUUAUCUUUAAAACUUAAGUUAUAAAACAAUAUUAUUUACAUAUUUGUUUUUGUCUGUUAAGUAUUUGUUAGUGAUUGAUGGCAGAAAAAAAAUCAAAAAAUGAAAAUGUGAACAAAUGCUUGAAAAAUAUUUCUUAAAUUACUAAAUAAAAUCUUAAAUUACAAAAUUAAUAAUUAAAGUGUUGAAAUUUUUUAAAAAGCAAUAAAUAGAGAAAAUUAUAUUAAAAAUACAAAUAAUUCUCAUUAUCAUUAUAAAAAAUGUUUGUGCUUGUUGAUCAUCACUAUUAUCAUUGUUAUUAUUAACAAAAAUCCCAAGAAGUGGACAAGACGUUGGCAGGCAGGCGGUGGCUGCAGGAGUUUUCGAAAUUUAAUACAGUCUUUUCAGUUUUUUUUUUGUUGUAUAAAACUUUGAAAUUAAUAAAUAAACUUGCAUCAACAUGACGGUGUGGAGUGAUUGUAGUCCCAAACAAGUCUUUGGAAUUGCAAAAUGUAAUUUCGAUCAAGACGAUAAACCUCAUCGCCUGAAUUUGGAUGUUGGUGAUUCAGUGGUCAUAUUAAAAGAAACCACACACUGGUAUUAUGGUUAUAAACAAAGACAUAAAGAACAACGUGGCAUAUUUCCCAAAACAUACAUUCAUUUGUGCGAUUAUAAAAUCAUCAAUGAUGAAUAUUGUAUACAACGCACUGAAAUUGUAGAGGAAAUAACAAAAGUUUUACUAGAAUGGGGCAGUAUAUUGAAACAAUAUUUUCUGGACAAUCAUCCCGAUUUCCAUACAAUACGCGCAAAAAUGAAUAGUUUAAAUAACAAUCGUGCUUUGUUAAUAUCGGGCAACUUGCCCGUUGAUGAAAUGCGUACCGUCAAAUUGAUGGCCACCUCACAAAUAGACACCGGCAACAACCUGUUGGGCUUGGAUAUGGUGGUGCGCGAUGAAAGUGGUGAUAUAUUGGCUACGAAUACGAUAUGCACCACAGAAUUGUAUGAACAUCAUAUGAAUGCGGUUAGCCGCAUCAUAAAAGCUAGUCGCCCUCAAACACAACAUUUAGGUCCUAAACCCUAUAAGAAUUUCUCCCAUAAUAUACUAUUGCAUGUCAAUGCAUUUGUAUGCAAAUUCCAGGAAGAUUCCGACUUAAUAUUUACUUUAUUUGAUGGUGAAUCGCAUCGUCCCAUUAGCGAGAAUUAUGUAGUCAAAUGGUCGCGCACUGGCAUUGCCAGGGACAUUGACCAAUUCGAUAAUAAUCGUGUACUCUUCACCGAUCUCAGUAAGAAUGAUGUUAGUAUACCGAAAAUGUAUUUGGUUUGCUAUGCCGUGCGCAUCGGUUCGAUGGAAAUGAAGGAGAACGAUUCGAAACGUACCAGCAUUACAAAUACCAUGUUGACGGCAGCCAGCAAAAAACACUCACAGCUGUCGAUAAGUUCUAGUGGCUCGUUUAGUGGCUCCGAGUACAUAAUGAGAAGACCGUUUGGCGUGGCUUACAAGGAUCUUACUCCCAUCAUUAACAAACCAGAAGAUUUCAAAGGUAACUUGGAUAUGCCCUUUAUACUGUGCGAAAAGGAUAGUUUAGAUGGUACAUUAAGAAAGUUAAUAGCCAACAAGGAUAUAGGAAAAAUAGAUUCCCGCAUGUGUGUUACGGUAGAAGUGUUGCAGGGUGACAUUAAACAGAUCAAAGAAGAAUUUCCCCGUCUUUUGCAUACAAAUGUACCCAUAGCUCGUAAAAUGGGUUUUCCGGAAGUCAUAUUGCCCGGAGAUGUGCGUAAUGAUUUGUAUUUAACCCUAUGCUCUGGGGAAUUUGCACGCAUAGCUAAGACUUCGGAAAAGAAUGUUGAAGUCACAAUAACGGUUUGCAAUGAACAGGGUCAAAUGGUACCAGGGGUAAUGAGUAUUGGCUCUGGUCUGUCGCCUAUCGAUGAAUACAAGUCUGUGGUUUAUUAUCACGACGACAAACCCAAAUGGCUGGAAACGUUCAAGAUACAUGUCCCCAUAGAUGAAUUUAAACAGUGUCAUUUAAAAUUCCUAUUUAAACAUCGCAGUUCUAAUGAACAAAAAGAUAAAUCAGAAAAGCCUUUUGGUCUGGCCUACAUAAAGUUGAUGCAAGAUAAUGGCACCACUAUCACGCAAGGACAACAUAAUUUGGCUGUAUACAAAAUUGAUCAUAAAAAACUGGAUAAAACAAAUUCCAACAAUUUACACAUGGAAUUACCUUCAACUAUUAGUGAACUGCAAGGCACCAAACCCUCAGUAACCGGCCUGUCGUUACUGCCCAAAGAUCAAUUGGUUAUAGGUGUUAAUCUUUGCAGUACAAAGCUCACCCAAAGUGUUAUACUUUUGGGUCUAUUAAAUUGGUCAGCCCACAAAGAAUGUUUGGAGGAUUCAUUAAAUGCUUUGUCUAAUGUACCUGGCGAAGAGGUUGUGAAGUUUUUACAAGACAUCUUGGAUGCAUUAUUUAAUAUUUUAGUGGAAAAUGAUGAUCCAGCGAAGUAUGAUCAAUUGGUUUUCAUGAGUAUUAUACACCUCAUAGAAACUGUAUCGGACUUGAAGUAUCAACAUUUUCUAACAGUUUUGGAUGUCUAUAUAAAUGAAAGUUUCUCUGCUACACUGGCUUAUGCCAAACUUAUUGAUGUCUUACAAAGGAAUAUUAAAGAAGCUAUUGAACCCAAAGAAAAGUCUGCAGAUGGCAUAGAAAUUGAUGAACGUAUUGAAGUUAAACGUCUUUAUAAGACCACCAGAUACUUACACUAUGUUAUGAAAUUUAUCAUAAGAUCACGCAUCCUGUUCUCAGCCAUAAAUGAUAAUUCAGAUUAUGAUGAUUUUGCCAAUAAAUUGCAUGAACUUUUGGAAAUGUUUAUCAAGAUGAUAGCUUGUCCCACGGAUCUUUUGAAAUCAGAAGGAGCUUUAUUAAAAAAUCUACACAUUAUAGCCACUGAUUUAAUGCAAGUGUUUGAUCCAGUGCGCUUAAGCAUUGUUAUUGUGAAUAUAUUAAAACAAUUUCCUCCCCGCCGUUUAACCCAAUCGAAAAUGGGUUGCAUUAAGGAUUUUGUGGAUGCGAAAUUGUUCUAUUUACCCGAAUGUCGUGCUAUUUUACUGCCAGUCUUUUGCAAUCACAUUAAGGAUCGUCUGGAAAGUAAGGAGGAGGGAGAUACCAAAUCUGAUAUAAGGCAACAAGAAAAAAAUCUUUCGAAAGCAGCUAAAGUUCUUGGACAAUUAAAAUCUCAACUGCAUACACGUGAAACAACAGCCAAACAAAAGGUCACAGAAUGUAUAAAUAUUAUGAACAACAUCCUUAAACUUCUCUACCGUCAAGACAUCGGUCAGACGCACAACGAUGUACGCGACAUAAUGCUCAUACUAUUGCGCACCGUCAUCAAAACGUCGCAGGCGCUCGAUCGCGAAAAUCAAUUGGUUGGAAAUUUAGUUGCCAUUAUGUUGGGCAUACUGCAACGUAUGGAUGCAUCGCAUUAUGAGACGUUCGUCAAACAUCUAAAUAAUCGCUUUGAAUUGCAAGAUUUUAUCAUUGAAAUACUUUUGGUGUUUGAAGAGUUGGUUUCGCCUCACCAGAAGACCGUAUUUCCACGCGAUUGGAUGGAUAUGAUCAUGCAUCAAAACACUGUCAUACUGGGCUCUCUGCAACAUUUGUCCGUGGUCAUUGUCGAUCAUUUCUUUGAUCCGUUCGAGAAACAAGUUUGGUCGAAUUUCUUCCAAUGUUCGAUUGCUUUUUUGAUUCAGUCACCACUGCAGCUAAAUGACUUUAAUGACAAUAAGCGCCAGGUGAUAUUUGCCCGCUAUCGUGAUAUACGCAAAGAUACGGCCCAAGAGAUACGUAAAAUGUGGUUCCAAUUGGGUGAACACAAGCCGAAAUUUGUGCCUCAAUUGGUAGAGCCAAUAUUGGAAAUGAGCAUGAUACCCGAAGUGGAAUUGAGGAAAGCCACAAUACCCAUCUUCUUUGAUAUGAUGCAAUGUGAAUACUAUAGUUCUAAGCUAAUACACGACAGCUAUGGUGAUACCAAACGCAAUAAUGCCCACUAUAAGGCCAACUUUAAUGAUUUUGAAACUGAAAUGAUUGAGAAACUUGACAUUUUGAUAGGAGCCGGCAAGGGAGAUGUCGAAUAUAAAGAGUUAUUUGCCGAAAUACUGUUAGAGAAAUGCAAUGCUCAUAAUAUUUUAAACAUCGAGGGUACCAAGUUUGUCAACAUGGUUACCAAACUGAUGGAUCGUCUGCUAGAGUACCGUUGUAUCAUACAGGAUGAAAGUAAGGAAAAUCGUAUGGCAUGCACUUUCUCACUGUUGCAAUUCUAUUCUUUGGUAAAUCGCAAAGAAAUGUACAUACGCUAUGUGUAUAAAUUGUGUGAUUUGCACAUGGAAUUUGUAAAUUACACUGAAGCUGCUUUUACUUUGAAAUUGCACACCGAACUGUUGUAUUGGAAUGAUACUGAACUUUCACCCCUGCUCAGAUCCCAUCGUCACAUACAAUGUCGCACUCAUCGAGAGUUAAAGGAGGCCCUAUACUUUGAGGUCAUCGAUUACUUUGACAAGGGCAAAAUGUGGGAGUGUGCCAUUGAUAUGUGCAAGGUUCUAGUGCAGCAAUAUGAAAAUGAAAUUUACGAUUACAUCAAAUUGGCCGAUUUGCUCAAGAAAAUGGCUUUGUUCUUUGAGAAAAUAUUGAAGGAACUAAGACACACCUCGGAGUAUUUCCGUGUGUGCUUCUAUGGUUUGGGUUUCCCUAGAUUUCUACAAAACAAGGCCUAUAUAUAUCGUGGCAAGGAAUAUGAAAGAUUGAGUGAUUUCAGUACGCGCAUAUUGGUGCAACAUCCUCAGGCCGAACUAAUGCAUACUCUGGAAAUUCCCGGAGAAGAUUUGAGACAAGGCGAUGGUCAAUAUAUACAAAUUAACAAAGUUGAGCCCAUAAUGGAUGAGUCGUGUUCCAAGUUUAAUGACAAAAUCAUCUCAAAUGAAAUAAUUAAAUAUUUCACCAACAACAAUGUACAAAAGUUCAAAUACUCACGACCGUAUCGCGAGAGUGGCAGUGGUGAUGCGGACGGCGUAAGAAAUCUGUGGUUGGAGCGUACCGUAUUGACGACACAGUUUCCAUUGCCGGGCAUACUUAGAUGGUUCCCAGUGGUUGAAUCCAAAACGUUUAAGAUCACUCCCAUUGAAUUGGCGGUUGAGACGAUGAAAUCUACUAAUAAAGAUAUCAGGGAUUUAAUUAUUGCCCAUAAGAAUGAUGAAAAUGUGCCCAUCAAUCAGUUGAGUAUGAAAAUCAAUGGUAUUGUGGAUCCGGCUGUCAUGGGCGGUUUCAGUAAAUACGAAGACGCCUUCCUCACCAGCGAUUAUCUGGAAGAACAUCCCCAUCAUAAAGAGUUGGUGGAUGAAUUAAAGGAUUUAAUAGCUUCACAAAUACCUUUAUUGGAAAUUGCCAUUUCUUUGCAUAAGCAAAAGGCCCCCGAGAGUUUGAAACUUUUCCAUGAACGCAUGGAAAGUUGUUUCGCCGACAUGCAAGCUAAUGUUGAAGCCAAAUAUGGAAAGAAAUCUUGCGAUUUAAAGAUUGACCGUGAUUCAGUUAUAAUGCGUCGCAACAAUUCAUUUUUACCCAACAUGUUUGACAACAACAAUCGCUUGUCCGAAACCAGCAUGGGCUCAUCAGAUAGUGGACUAUCAAAAUCAACCUCUUCCAUGAGACCACAAACGAAUUCGAUAAAAUCCACAUUUGGCUUUGCAUUUAAUCCAAGACCUUUAGGACAUUCGCCCAGCACGAAGAGUAAAACCAAGGAUAAAACUCCCUCAAAAAGAAGAUCAAUUAAAAAGUUGGAUCGCGAAACACUAAGUUUACCAGUUGCUAAUAGUCAGUGGUAUACAACGCCAUUGAGUACAAUUACAUCUACGCCUGAAAGAGAUUCUAAUACAACUAUAAUAAGUGCUUCCAAUACAUCAUUGUCAUCUGUUAAAACACCUGAUCCAAAAGUGCUCACCGAAGAGCUAACACCCAAACGACCAUUACGAUCGGAAAAGGAAAAGGAGAGACGUUUAUCACGGCCAGCUAGCAUAGCAACACCCACAGCCAGUAUGAAGGGUUUCUCUGCGGCCGAUUCACAAUCACUAUCGGGCGCUGAAAGUAGCAAUCGCAAUUCUGUCGAUACCACCGACUCGACAUCGGAAGAAGACCUCAUACCACCACCGCUACCAGCCAAAACACGAGACUCGACCGAUUUCUCAAGUCUCAAUUAUAGUUUGGAUUGGAAUAACAGUUCAUUUUCGUUGAGCAAUGCAAUGAGUCCAACUGGCACGAUUACCAGAACAACCUCAUGUUCCACUACCACCAGUAUUGUCAACACAUCAUAUGAAUAUGUUGAAGCUAAAAAUUUCAUUAUCACAUCGACUGCUUUAGAUGACAAAAAAAGGCCGCCAACGCCACCACCAAAGCCAUCAAGGAAUAGCAAACACAUUCCAUAGUUUUUCAGGUUUCAAAAUGGAAAAUAAUCGAGUUAAUAUAAAAACAAAGUGACCAAAGUUAAGCCAUAAUACUAAAUAAAUUAACAAAAAAAAAAACAUUAAAAGAAAUAAAUAAAGUAAACAAGUGCCAAAAAAACAUUAAAACUAAAAAAAACGAAACAAAACAAAAACAAUUUGUCGAACGCUCACUCUUUAAUUAAAAUAACAAAAAGAAAAACUAUUUUUUAAAAUUAAAUGAUAUUAAAAUUUUAUAAAAAAAAAGAAAAUCAAAAUUAUUACAUUUUACAUUCAUAAUUUCUAUUAAAUGUCUUCCUUUAUUUUAAUUAUAUUUACUUAUACAUUAUUUUAUAUUGUGUCAUUUUCCAACAAAUAAAACUUUAAUUUAAUUAAGUUAAUAUUUAAAAUGAAAAUAUUUCCAAAAACUAACAAAAACAAACAAAUCGUACUGAAAAGAAAACUCAGUAUUCGUUUAACAUUAAUUAUGCACAAAUAUUGAAUAAAUAUUGCUGUUUAACUAAUUUUAAGUAAGUGCCACAACAAAUUAAGUUUUACAUUAAAAGAAAAACAAACUUAUUAUAAUCAUUUUCUAAUCUUUUUAAAUAACACAAACACAAACAAAAUCUAAUGCAAAAUUAUGUCAAUUAUUUUAACAAAACUAUUUAAAGUAACAUUAAAAUAAUUCUAACAUUUCUUUACAUAAAUUGAUAUUGUUUACUUUUAUUUAUUUAUUCGUAAAGUAACACACUUCAUUGGCAAUAAUAAAUUUUAUCGAAAUUUAUAUUUAUAAUUUAAUACUUAUGCAAUUCUUUGUCAUCCUUAAACUUUUAAUACACAUUUUUAUGCUGCAAUAUCUUCUUAUAUUCAAUUUUGUUUAACGUUUAUAAGUGUCUUAUUCUUAAUUUAAAGUUUAUUCGUAUUGUAUGUAUUUGUUUAUUUUAUUAUUAUUGGUUUAGUUUUAUGAUUUUGGAUCUUUAUUUAAUAAAUGGCCAAAGAUUUUAUAAGUGUAUACAAGAAUUUUUUAUUAAGAAGCAGUUUUUAGAAUAAAUUUAAUGUUUAUAUUAUAUACAUACAAAAAAUAUACAUAACUACUUAUAUAAUUACUAUAUAAAACAUAAUAAAA